UCGUAGACGGACUGUAUUCAUAACGUCGCAUAGUAGGUUUUUUUUGUGAAUUAAAGAAAAAUUACUAUAAUUAUCAUUGUGUAUACGUAUAGCACACACACGGAAAACGCAAGAAAAGGAAAAAGCGCUCGGUCAAACAACGAGAAAGAGUGUGCGAUGCGAGAAAUAGUGCGCGCUGGUGAACGAAUUUCGGGAAAAGUAAGUUGAAUGAAGUGAGUGGAGAGAAAAUUAACCUCCACCGACUGCAACGAGAAACGGGAUGUACCGAAUCUGCGGCAGGAAGUGAUAAGUUCGAAUAUAAGUUCUGAACGAACUAAAAUAGUUGAAACAGGCAUACCAGCGGAUAGUUUAAUCGGGAUUGUGAUUUGUGAUCAGUUUUCCCUUUCGGAUUUUACACUCGCAACUGUGUAUAAUGUGACAAUAUAAUAUUGGCAAAUAAAAAUUUUAGUAAGUUGUUCAUCGAACGCAGGAAGAGAGCUCGGCAGCAAUCUCAGCGGUUGCGACGCGGCAGCAUUUUCAUGCAGAAUAGUACGCGCCGCGAUACGCACACUGCUGCAAAGCAAUUCAUAGCCACAGAUACCACAGCAACGGCAGAUGUACCACAGAGAACAACGUCGCGGCCGUCUUCUUGUUGGUCGUCAUCGCCAUUGCCGUCAGAUCAGCGGCAGCGGCAGAAAAACAACACCGUCGACAACGUCGUCGUCGCCGUCGUUGCGGUCGUCAGCAGUAACAGCGAUAUUAGGAGCCGCAGCACCAACGAUAUACCAGCAAAAGCAUGAAAAGUGCUCCGAAAAUACGCAAACGGCCACAGCAUACAGCGAGUGAAGAAAAUGUUUUGAAAAGUGAUUUAUUUUUGUUCAUAUUUUUUUCUGGUAACCGAAAAAGAGCAUGAAGAAAAAAUAAGGCGUAAAAAUACGAAAAUAUAUUUAUAUUUAAAAUACAACAGAAAGCUACGAAAACAAAGCGCAACGAAGGUAUUGUUGUCGGAAUUCCAAAAAGAAAAGAUUUUUCUUCGAAGUGAUUGAAUGAUUUCAUGAAUGAAAACAUCAGUAUAAGAGAGAAAAAAAUCACAAGAAAAAAAUUCUUCCGUUUUGCCGAGCAAGUGAAAACAAAUGGGAGUGGAAUUUGAUGCACAACAGUAAGAAUAAGUGAAGCCAAACAGGCAAUCAAAAAGUGAUGUGAAGUGAAUCAAAUGUAAAUGUCAAAUUCAGUUAGAAAAAGCAGAGAAGUGAAACAACAUACAAAAUUUAUAAAAGUAGCAAUAACAACGCUAAAUAAAUCUGCACAGAAAAGAAGCAAGGUAUAAUGAAGAAAUAGUGCAAGUGUGAACGUGCAAAAGAGCUACGUGAAUUCGUUUGCCCCCCUUUUCCUGUGGCAAAUCAUGUAUCUGGUGUUUAUGAGCAAAACUUGGAUUAAUAUUGGAUGCACCGUGUCAAAAAUUGCGUUAUCCCGUCACACUACAUCAUUAUCAGCGACACUACGAUCGGCACUAGAAGCAACAUUAUCUCCAUCUCCAUCAGUAUCAUCGUCAGUGGCAGUAACACUAGGGAUGUGGAUUAUGACCCCGAGUCGAAAACCGAUUUAAUUGCUUAUUGAUAAUAUGGCGAUUGAAACGAUGACGGAUCUUGGUGGACCACGGCUGAAAAAGACGCUUCGAAGCCGUUAGUGUAUCGAGCUACAUGGAUCGCAGAAAUGGCGGCGAUCCUUUGGCGCCUCCUCGGCCCCCUAAGUCUUUACCCCGUGUUCAUCGUCCUCGGGCUCCUGAGCCGACCAUAAUGAGCGCCACUGUCGCUGCCAGUAACAAUCACAACAAUCAAUCCACAGCUAAUAGCGCAAAAACGACGAUCAGCACGACUACGAACCGAAGUCUUAACAACGUACCGCAACUGUCACCAAAACCUAGAAAUCUAAGCUCGUCCAGUUCCCCUGCACGUAACAUUAGUAGCAAUAUUAGUUUAUCAAACCCUCCACCGCUGCCACCUGCCCCACAAAUAGAACCAUUGACGCCGCUGCACACCCGAAGCAACAGUAGCAGUCAUCGUCAUCCUCACCAGCAUACGACCCACAAUCAUCUUUCUAGUAGUAAUACCAGUAAUAAUAGCCUAGCCCAGCCAGCAAGUACCUUCUCGCGACAACGUCCACCGGCAGCUUUACCAUCAAUUUCGAUACCGAGCAUUUUAAACCCUAGCAUAGAUACGACCGGGUCGAAUACCGCGUCCGCCACAUCCCCGGUCACCCUGGCUGCACCUAGACCAGAGAACGAAAGGCUUACUAACGAGUAUGUCGAUACACCGUUUAGUAGACUCUCGCCUGCAACGAACCACCAGCGACAACAGCAGCAUGCUGUUGGAUCCACGACGCCCACCAGGACGGCGACGUCCCCGGUGCUGUCCUCGUCCGUCAACUCACCCGCAACCCAACAUCGACAACUAUCAGUAUCGCAAACAAAUAAUGAUCGGUUACAUUCACCUAGCACUAUCAGUAGUAGCAAUAGUACAACAGUGUCGACACUUGGUAAGCCAAUUGGGUCCACGGCAACGACUACGACGUUGCACGGUGGCAGUAGGAAUUUUAACAAUAAUACUAUCAACACUAGGCCAAAUAUAUUACCACUGGGACAAACGACGACGGCAGCGAGCACGACGCCACUGUCCGCCGGUGGGUCACCAACAAUACAGUCAACAUUGCCAAUUACCAAACAACCAGUAUCAAAUGCGUUCAGCAAAGACCCACCGGCAGCCGGGCUGCACGAACUGGACAUUGAUCUGCACCCGGCAAACUCCAUCACCUGUCCGCAGUGUAAAAAGUGUCGAUGCGAAGAAUGCCAACGACCUCGACAGCUUCCUUCACGAUGGCUAUGCGACAAUACCUGUCUCUGCAGUGCAGAGACCGUCAUCGAUUACGCUUCAUGCUUUUGCUGCGUCAAGGCGCUGUACUAUCAUUGUGCCAAGGAUCACGAACUGGAACGAGAAAGUGAUACUAUAUCCUGCGCUGAUGAUCCCUGUUCGUGUCUACCACAUAAACGAACGACUCGAUGGGGUUGGCUCGGAGCUUUAUCUCUGGCAUUGCCCUGUCUUUGGUGUUAUUGGCCCAUGCGGGGCUGCGUUGCCCUUGGUGCCAAAUGCUACGCUAAACAUUCCCGACACGGUUGCCGUUGUCAGCCACAGAGUGGCGGCAGUCUCGCCGGAAGCAUACUGGGUGGAACUGCUUACGGUGGCGGCGGUGGCAAUAAUCAUCAUAAUGGACCGCAAUCUGGUGGCAAUGACAUCGCGGACCAUCAUCAUAGCAACACCAUCAGCAGCAAAUUCACCGCAGUUAACAGUACCAGCCCCUUCGGAAAAGGACACCAUCACCACCAUCAUCAUCACCAUAGCGAUCUUACUCCCGAAAAGCGGCUACUCGAUUCCAGUCCGGAAUACUGAUAUAUGCUGUAUCUGUAAGCGGGUGGCCAGAAUGCCAGAAACAACAUUGUUUCUGACCAAACGGCAAAGCGGCAACAGCGUCAAUGGAGCAACUGAUGCUGCUUUCGAAAAACUACACCCGCUGGCAGAGAUCACUAUCGCAUCCGGCGUCCAACGGUAAACAAUAGUGGUAAUAAUAAUAAACUCGGGCGCGAGCAGCACAGCAAUCAACUCACGCGUUUCGAAAGUAGAGAGAUACACAGACAAAAAAAGAAAGAACGAAUUGAAAAAGGGCGAAAAUGUUUUUUAAUUAUAAUUUAACCAAAGACUGCAGACUAUUAUUGAGUUAUGUUUUUUGAUAUAAAUAAUAAUUAUUUUUCGUGUUAUGCAAGCAAGCAAAUGAAGAAUAAAAAAAACAAGAAAUUGCUCUUUUCAAUUUCACUAAACCACUCACUAAUGCGUCAGCCUAAAAGGUAACGAUAAUUGCCAAUAUCAUCUAGGGCGAACAUAGAACAUAGAGCAUCGGAAGUAAACUAGUGUUCCGUCACGCAAAAAAAAUGUAUAGGAACAAGAAAGACGAAUUAAGUCGAUCAAAACAAAAGCUAAUUUAUUAUAACUGUAUAAAGUUUAAGGUGGGAAUCUCUCAAUUUUCCGGAGAGAUUAAAGUUUUUUUUUAUUGGAAACGCCUGCGAACGCUUUCGCUACUGGAAGCAAUAGUUCGCCGCAAGAGUAAGAACGCGUACACUGUCUGUAAUGAGAGAACGAGUUUUUGGGUGACAGCUCACGGGUAGGCCAUCUGGCAGAAUUGCUGCAAGUUAUCCGCCAUCGUAUCUGCUAGGUCAUGGGCUAUAGGUAUCAUUAGGGCAUUUCCGGAAAUUGUAAAUCAGAAAAAAAUUCUAACAUAGCUUUGUUUCAUACGAGUAUCUUCUAUUGCUUAAACGAUACGAAGUAACAGAAUCAUCGGGCGACUGUUUUCUUGAUAUUUUAAAAAUAUCCAGAAAAUCUAAGAGAUGUUCUGUGUGCGGAGAGAUUGGGUGCUAGAUUCGGGAUAGAAUCGUUACUCCCAAGGAAGGGAACGGACCCUUCAACAAGCCGAAGGACGUGUAGGUCGAAGCUAGUAAAAACGUGACUGGAACAGAGAGCUGGACAAAUCUUUGUAGAUAUCUAUACAUAUUUAUCCAAAUGUCUAAUUUAAUAUAGCGACCUCAAGGAGAGUAAGCAAACCGGAGGGAAAUAUUUUCUUAAAUUGUACGAAAAUGGACGCAUUUUUGCGAGAUAUGUACAUAUUAACUAUCAGGUGGAAUGACAGAGCAGAGAAAACUCAUACACAUAUUUAUAUUUAACUACACGCGAAACAACAACUGAAAAAUAUUGUAAUAUAUUUUCAGGAGCGUUCACAGUCAGUGCGUUCAUGAAGUGAGUGUUCGAAUGAGGCAGAGAAAGAAAGAGAGAUGAUUGCGAGAACGAGCAAAAACGUGCGCGAGCUUGUAAGAAUGUGUAGUUAUAUUUCUGUAUAAAUAUUUACCAUGCAGGAAAAGAAAAAAAAGAAAGCAAGAAUAAAAACAAAUCAGCAUUAUCCGGUAUGAGCUAAUUGUAUUUCAGACAGUCGAAACAACCGAAAUCUUCAACUAAGGAAGAAAAGAGGAAUAUACACACAGAUUUGAACUAUAGCACUAAUCGAACAAUUUCGUGUUGCAGCAGUUUCGUGUGGUGAAGGGAAUGCAGAAGUAAUAGUUCUUUUCUUCCAAAGUAAUCGUUUUGCAAACCCGUAGGCUAGAAUGUUUUCCAUUUUGCAAAUUACCGUUAGGUUAAUCUGGCAAAUUCGUUUUCGAAAUCAACAUUCUUUUUUCGUUUCGCCAAACUAAGUUCAAAAGUGUGCAGGUAAUUGCCUGUGCCAGGCAUACCCUUUUUAGGAAAUGAAAUAAUCGACUAAACUAUCGAAAGCAACGUCACAGAACAUUUAGGGUUGCCAAUACUUGAUAACAAAUGGUUUCCCACCACGCAAAUCAUUCCACAAUCGAACGUAUGUAGAUUGGAAUGCGCACGCUACAGGACGACUUCUUAUUAUUAUUGCCGCUGAUGUUAUUAUUGUUAUUGCGCGGUGCGGACUGGCGUGAACUGCGAUUUAUGGUAUGAAAAAUAUGCAAAAAUCAUCACGUUUCCAAUCAGGCAAAAACCGAUGGCGAGUGUGAAUGUACUUUUCGUCGCUCAACGGCCUGCGACCGGUCGGUCGGGGCGCAGUAGUGUGGUUAGUAGAAAACGUUGUACAUGUUGCCGUCUGAUGUGAAAAAAAUCAGUUCAUUGUUAUUUAAAUUGAUAAAAGCGCUGAUUGAAGUGGUGCAUUCACCACAUCGCGCAAAAGAAGAGCUGAUUACCGCUGACAGUACAGGCAAGCGCAAUCACACCGUGUGACAACCAAGGGGCGCUCCGAUCGGUCAUUCUCGUGUUAAUAAUCGAAGCAUGCGAAUAAUCGAGCAUCGGGGCAGAUUCCUUCAUGAGGGGCUUGACCGAUCAGACGGAAUGUGUAAACCAAAUUCAUGCCAUGGCAGACUGAAAGCUCACACAUAGUGUGUUAUAGACAUAAAAUAUUUAUUUGACAGUGAUAACCUAUAUGUACGCUUCAAAAACAUACAAAGCAGAUAAUAUUUUAUUCGGCAUGGAAAGUAAUGUGCGUGAGAGGACUUUAAAGAGUGGUUAAACACAAUUCAUAGCAAAAUAUUUCCUUAUUUUUUUUCACGAUAAUUGAACCCAAAACUUUGGGAGAUUAAAUUAAUGAUUUAAACAACCGCCAAUCAAGCGACUCUCGUGUGCAUAAGUACGUUUGCUGAUGCAUAUAAAUCGUGUUGUGCCGAGAAUCGAUAAAAACUGACAAAAUGCUCUGAAAUCUAAAAUAUAAAUUUCAACCAUCUGCUGCCUCUCAGAAACACGAAGGUCGUGGAAAGAAGACUAUGAUCCACAGUUUGUUCAUUCGUUUUUUUUCUCUUAUCUUCGCUUGCAUCUUCAGUCAGCAAUGGUCGAUUUUUGGGAGGAAAACAUUUUCUGCUGUCCGCGUCUCUCUUCGUUAGCUGGAAUUUGAGUCAAAAUACUUUCAAGGGUCGUGAACAGCGUCGAACGAUUGAAUCGACCGUAUAGCAAUAACAACAAUGCGCUGUUAGGGACCCCGUAUAUCAGCAGUUUAGGGUACCGGUUUCAUCGGAUCGCUACGUGCCCUGUACGCACGAUCGUACGGUUUUUAAGAAUUUCCUGUCUAAUCUAUCAAAGCAUGAAAGUCGGCCCCUUUUUCACCUCGCUUUGUGGCGGCCUGAGGUUUCGUACUCUCAUAGUAUGUUCUAAGGCACGACACCGAAAGAUCUAGCGCGCAGAAAGAAAGAAGGAAAUCUCAACUCAAGUAGAACAUUUAUCUUUGGAGAUUUCCUCUUACGAAAGAGAGCAUACUCACUCGGUAGCAUUACGACUUUUUCAGAAACAGGAAACGACUGCCAUUUUCAUUCAUUAAAUAUCAUUUCUGGAUGAAAUGUCCGGGAUGACUGUAUAUGAGGAAGAUUUAAGUGCGCGUAGCAAAUCAUAUGAUGGAUCGCAUAGUGGACAGGACCUGUAAAAGUACCAGUUUCCAUUGCGUGUUCGAUAUUCAAUAAUUACAGACUGCUUGAGUCGCGUCCCAGGAAGGUUUCCAAGUGAGCGCAGCAAGAAAGUCACGAAUGUUUGCAUCGCAAUUCCUCCAAACCUGUUCCUUGGCCAAUGCUUACGCCACUUGCAUGUGACAGUCAAAACACAGCACAUUCUCAUAUUCAGCCGUAGCACACACAAGCCUAGGUCGUACAUUUCUGUGUUGCUUUUUCUCCGCAUAUAUUGCCGUGCGCAUCCGCUUUCGCGGACCAAAAAACACAACCGUAGACGACGACGACUGCCUCAAUGUUUUCCCUCUGACCGAUCUGAGCAUGCUCCGUGCUUUUAUUUCUCGUCUUUUUAUAAAUAAAAUUCAUUCACAAGACUUGAAUAUGACUUUGAUGAGAAUAAAGCGGAUGUUGUAAUUUUUCGCGCUAAAUUUAAAUGAAAAAGCGCCUAUGUCAUGCUGCGUUUGACACAGCGAGGCCAAAAAAUGAUAGAACACAAUGAAUGUUUGGUUGGCCCCUUGUUACCGCAUCGCAUCGAUGUGCAUACCCUACCCAGCCCAGAACAUAGCGAAAUUGCUGCAACAAAAUGUAUGCAAAUGUCUUCAGUUUAGACAACACGUGCUUCGCGUCAACCAUGAACUAGAUUGUACAGCAUAGAAAUAACAUUAAAUCGAAGAUAAACAAAAACGUACCUAAUUAACCAGUUAUGGAAUCCUUAAAAGCAAAUGAUACACCAGGAAAUACUUAUAGUACUUUUUUUAACAAAUUGGAAAAUUUGAUUCUAUUUUAACGACAUGCAACGUGAACAUUUUGUAGCGAAAAGAAACAAUUGAAUUGCCUUAGAAACAAAAUUGCAAGACGAAAAAAAACCAAAACUUAUGACUUUUUGUACGCUCGUCCAAGUGAUGUGGAAUGUAAACAUUUAAGAAGAAUAGAUUUUCCUCGCAUUUUUCUCUUCUUUUCCUUAUUAUUGAAGAAUGCUUUUGUUGACAUAUUAUAUACAAGUAACAGGAAACAAACCAGCGCAGGAAUCUAAUGUUUUAAAUUUAGAAUUCAAACAAAAAUCCGCAUAGAAAAAAAGUCUCGCGAGUAAGUAGUGAAGCAAAGAAAACAGAAAAAUGAUUUCGUAUAGGAUUUAAUUUCCAGUAUUAUCUAGUCGUGCAUUAUAAUGUAGCAGAAAAGAAAUAUAAAUAAAAACUAAAAAAAAACAAACAUUGAAAACACUAUUAAAAGGAUGAAUAUUAUUGAAUAAGUGAGCAACUGGAAUGCGAACAGGAGAACAAACUUAACUGAAACAAUUUAAAAAUUUAGAACUUAGAGUAAUCGUAUCCUUUGGCAUACAACCCAUUUGUUGAAAUGUUUUUUUUUUAGCUACUAAACCUUUUGAGGAAACUUUGCUGUUGAAACUAAAUAUUACCAAGCAAAACAAAAAACAUUCUAAAUUAAACCUAUAAACAACAAACCUAUAUGGAGAAAAAUUAUGUCCAAAAUCUCGAUGUCAGACAGCAAACGAAGCACAUAUAGAAUCUUAUCAGCAUUAAUACAAACUAUGAAUUAAAAAUAACGAUAAAUAAAGAAAAAAGCGCUAUAUAAACAUAAACUAAAGUGGAAUCAUUACAUUGUCAACUGUACCUAAGCUGUUAUUUUUUUAAUAAAUGGAUGAAAUAAAGCAAAAAAACAAGGAUGAUGUCAAAUAUAUUCAAAUUCCUAACACAAGCCUCUUAUAUGCAUCCUUAGAACAAAAAUUAACUAUUGUAAACAAUUGAAAAUAACAGUAUAACUAUCCAGAAACAAUACUCCCAUACCCUUUUACAUUGCUUCGUCUAACAAUUGCACCUACACACCUACACCAUGCUAAGGUACCACUUCCAUUUUCUCGUCGUAAUAGAUGCAACAUAAAAUAACUGAAUAGAUAAGAGAUCAAGACAUACCGAAAGAUUAAAACGUUCAAUAUAGAGCCAAUCAGUUGACGUAGGAAAGCUUAUUAUACCACUAAACAUCGCGAAAAAAAGAAGCAUGAAACCACUAUACCAAAACCGUUUGAACAGUAAAAGAAAAUUCAAAACUGAACUUCAACAUUUUUGUUUUUUUUUUCGAGCAAAAGAAAACAUAGUUUAACAAAAAAAAGCAUACAAUUUUCCCCUACCCGAUAGUAUACUACGUAUGUGUAUGUAAACCAACUGCGCUGAAAUGAGAUGGGCAAAACCGUGUAGCAAUAUGGAAGGGAAAAUAAAGUUGAAAAUUCUUCUGCAUAAACGCUGUGUAAAUUUCUGUAUAUAAUUAUAUUAUUUCUUCUUUUUUUUUGAAAAUUAUAAUUAUUAUCUAAUGUUAAAAAUAAUAACAA